AUGAGCGCAAUUACAGAAACAACACAAACAACAACUAAAGUCGACGUAUUCAUCUGUGGUGCAGGCCCAGUUGGGCUCUUUUUUGCCUAUCAAAUGGCCAUGCGAGGACACUCCAUCUUUAUCUGUGAUUACAAACCUGGGCCAACGCUGGAAAGUCGGGCAGCAUCAUUGACAGCACGCUCUAUGGAGCUCUUUGAAGCAAGAGGCCUCGCAGGCGAUUUUAUUGCAGAAUCAUUUGCGGCCAAGGGAAUUAGAGUAUGGAGAAACGGUAAACUGCUUGGUCAAUUUGAUUAUGGCGGCGAUACAGCUUAUGGCCAGCUUACCAUCAUCUCUCAGAGUAAUACGGAGAGUAUCCUGAGUCGCAGAUUAGAGGCAGAUACAGACAGCUGUGUCCAUUGGGAAACCGAACUGGUCUCGUAUGUUCAAGACAAAGACAAGGUUGUAGCAACUGUACUAGAUAAAAAGACAGGAGAAGAGCACAGGGUGGAAUCUGCAUUUAUCGUGGGCGCUGAUGGCAGCCGAUCAAAAGUAAGAAAGGAAAACGAGGGCUGGACAUUCAACGGCACGGCCGAAAAGACACAGUUUGCAUUGGCCGAUAUCGAACUGAGCGGAAAGGGCAUUGAAGAAUUCAGCGAGAGACUCAACUUACUGUCUAGAGGACCAGACGUCUUUGGCAUGAUCCGUCUUAACCCUCUUCCUCACGAAAGCGUAAAUGAUUUCAGCACUUACCGCAUCUUUGGCAACUUGACUGAAUACAACCCUGCUAAUGCCAAGAUCAGUAACAGCGGCGAGGUGGAUCAUGGUUUAGUGGCAAAGAAGCGCGACACGCAAGCGCUGACACUGGAGUUUAUUCAGUCUUGGCUGGACAGGUUUACAGAUCCCUACAAACUAACUGCUGGCAAAAUGAUUUGGGCUUCGCAAUUCAAGGUGAACGAAAGAAUCGCCAAUGGAUACAGAAGGGACAGAGCAUUCUUAGUCGGAGACGCUGCACAUUGCCACUCUCCAGCUGGUGGACUGGGGUUAAGCUUGGGAUUGCAGGAUGCGGACAACCUUGUAUGGAAGAUGUCAGAUGUCCUCAAGGGCGUCUCCAGAGACCCAGAAAGACUAUUGAAUUCAUACAACCUUGAGAGAUACCCUCUUGCUGAAGCGACACUCAGAGCGACAAGCAACUCCAGCGAUGCUAGUUUUACUCGAAACGAACUGGUUGGCUACGUAGCCACUGUUGCUGCAUUUGCUGCAUUGAAAGUUCCUCAGGUGCGCAACUUUGUCUAUGAAAGGGCUAUGCAGCUCAAUAUCUGCAUUGAUCCCGAGCACUCCCCUAUUCUGGGCAGAUUUGAUAAAGGACUUGUCAAGCCAGGUCAAUUCCUACCCAACCACGAGCCUCUCCGCAAAGCCAUCUUUCCUCGAGCAACCCCAUCCAAAGCAAAUAGAUACAUUCAUCGACAAACGCUUCGAGAUAUCCUGAUACUAACAGAGCAAACAGCUGUGAUUUACAUUGGCACGAGGUAUUCCGGCGCUGCUUCCAAUCAAGACAUCAUUAAAAAAUUUUGGAUCCAAACUAAAUUUCUGCCUGUAAAGCGUCUGGUCGUUCAAUCUGUUGUCAACUGCAAUCUGGCCCGUCCUCCUGCGUACAUUCAAGACGACGAAAAGGAAGAAGCAGAAGAAUCGUUCUACAACGAAGAAAGAAUUGAUACGCCACUGUCUCUUACAAAGCAGGUUGGACUUUUGCCUCUGUUGUCCAACAUGUUGUCAGCAGUGCAAAAUCCACCCGGCGUGCUUCUAGUGGUCAGACCCGAUUUCUAUAUCUCUCAGGCCCAACUCGUUCAUAAUGAAGCAGACUUGAUGUCAUCGUUGCGAUAUGUUUCCGACAUGUUUGUGAAUAAAGCCUCGUCUGUCUGA